AUGGAGCGUGGUGUCCACGGAGACACGGCGGUGGCCACUAGCCUCCGCCAGCUGAGAGGGGUAGAAGAGUUCAUGGUUCCAAGGAAUGACAAGGGCCGGAGACAAAAGGCUGGGAUGGAGCAAAGCAUUAAAAGGUGGACACCCACCACCGACCUGAUAAGAAUAUUGAAGGACCUUUACUACAACAAUGGAGUUAGGUCUCCAAGUGCUGAGCAGAUUCAGAGGAUUUCGGCUAGGCUGAGACAGUACGGCUAG